AUGCAAGGCCAACCAAACCUCACUCCAGUGGAGCAGGAAUUCGUCCGAGAAAGCCAGCGUCAAAAAAAUUACGCUAGCGAGCAUAUACCAGGCGUGAUUGAGGUAGCAAAUGUGGCAGCUUUGGGGAAGCUCGUUUCGCUUCGCUUCCUGGAGUGGGUAUCUGAGCACCCUGCAGGAGUUGUGUCUCUCCCGACAGGUCGCACGCCCGAGAUGUUCAUUGCUUACCUCAAGCACUUCCGUCAAAAUUGGAAAGAGUCCAGUACCCAAGUAGAGCUAAAGCUAUAUGGUUUGGGCGGUCUGGCCUGCUUCCCUGACACGUCACAGCUCAAGUUCGUUCAGCUUGACGAGUUCUUCCCAAUGCACCCUGACCACAAGACCUCGUUCACGCACUACGUCCGCAACCUCUACUUCCCUUUGCUAGAUUUAAAACCUGAAAAUAUAUUGACGAUGGAUUUCGUCAGCGCUGGAGUCCUUCCAGACGACCACAAUGCAUGCGCCUCGAUUUUCGAGAAUGGCAUUGUCAAUGUCGAUUUGUUGAGACCCGCGAUGGCCGAUGAAGAAGUAGAGAAAAGAGACGAAGACAGGAAUGACCGAUGGAAUGCCGCCACAGAUGACAAAGCGGUAAAGGACAAAAAGUACGAUGUUCAAGUCGCCAUACUAGCCAAAGCCCAUUCUUUCGCGAAGAAAUACGAAGCUCAGGUUCGGGCUUGGGGUGGGAUUGGGUUUUGGGUGGGGGGAAUCGGGCCAGACGGCCACAUAGCCUUCAAUAUGCCGGGAUCAUCACACAACAGUCAGACCAGGAUCGUGACACUAAAUUACCCUACUGCCGCAGCCGCUUCCGGCGAUCUAGGUGGCAUUGAGUUCUCGCGCCACAAAGCCGCUCUUACUAUCGGGCUGGACACCAUCACUUUCAAUAAGGAUGCGGCCCUAAUUGUCAUGGCCGCCGGAGAAGGCAAGGCCCGCGUGGUAGCUGAGGCCAUUGAGAGCCAGCCAUCCACGGAGAUCCCAGCCACGUGCCUACAAUCCCAUCCGGGUGCGCGUUUCUAUGUUUCCUCAGGGGCAGCAAGCCUUUUGAAGGAGCGUCGCACCGAGACCCUUCAUCGAAAGAUCAUGGAGCGGUCGUUGCUGGACACAGAUGUCGAUUCAACUUUAGUAGACCUUGCCUUGCGGCUGAACAAGCGGCUCGUAGAUCUGAGCGAGGAGGACGUUGGGCAAGAUUCCCGUGGCGCCUUGUUGCUGAGGCCAUCGACAAGGAAAGGACCGCACGCCUCGCUUCAGACUCUCGUAGAAGGAACAGUCCGCCGCCUUGAAGGCAAAAUUUCGCGCGGUACGGUUCUGGCGCGAGGGCGGCGAAUCCUACACACCGCCCCGCACCACGACGACAUCAUGCUCUCCUACCACGCGGCACUCCCCGACCUGAUGGCCACCAACACUCACCGAUUCGCCUACCUGACGUCCGGGUUCCACGCCGUGACCAACGGCUACAUGCUUUCCAUACUCCGACCUCCCCACGAGGACGCCGCUUUCCUCCGUGAGAGAGCCAGCCUCAUCUUCGAGACUCCCUACCCUCGGGUCGUGGAGGCCUUUGUGGCUGCACACCGGGAGCGGAACACUUGCUUGGAGGCCGAGCUGGAAUCCGUGCUGUGCCUUCGACAGAUGUCUGCCAUCUGGGAGGUGACAAAAGUCGAGGCCCUGCAGCAAGAAGUCGCCGGAGUGGUCGCCUUCUUGACCCAGCAGCUCCCGGGGGACAAGAGCCCCGUCAAAAUUCAGCUUCUCAAGGGCGCUAUGCGCGAGACCGAGGCUGACCGCAUGUGGGCAUUGCGAGGCGUUGAUCCCUCCCAGGUCAAACACCUCCGCUCCGCCUUCUACACUGACGACUUCUUUACCCCGCUACCAACCAUUGAGGAGGACGCCAUGCCGAUGGUGAGGAUGCUGGAAGACUUCAAGCCGGACGUCGUCACAGUCGCCUUCGACCCCGAGGGAACGGGGCCAGACACGCACUACAAAGUCCUUCAAGUAGUCGCACAGGCGACACGCAUGUACGAAAGCGCGGAUGAAAUGGAAUCGGUCGCGCGUAGCCCGUCGGGCCUGACCGUCUGGGGGUAUCGUAAUGUCUGGUUUCGAUUCCACAUGGCGGAGGCCACCGUGAUGGCUCCUGUCAACGACGCAGGUCUAGCAGAGAUGAAUGACGCGUUUCUCACAUGCUUCUCCACCCAGAAAUCUGCCUCCUUUCCGGCCCCGGACUACGACGGGCCGUUCUCGCAUUGGUCCGAGGCGUCUCAGCGGGCACAACGGCAGCAGCUAGGCGUGGUCUUGGGGGAGGACUUUUUUGUCACUCACCCCGACGCAAGUGUGCGGGCUUCCAGCGGAUACGUCUUCCUGAAGGAAAUGGAUCGCGACGCCUUUUCCAAGACGGCUACGCAACUCCGUGGGCGCAUGGAAUCUGACAGGGGCAUGUGA